UGUGAUGCUAUGUAGAGUGUAUCGUUGUAUACAAACUAAACCAACCAAAGCCAAUUGAUUUAGACCCUUUAGAGUUUGUCGUCAAAUCGAGUAAUGUAACAUGGACUUCACACUGUAUUUAUUUUUUAACUACUUACGGGCCGGGUUGGAUUGAUAAAAUGAUUUAGAUAAUUUUUUAAUACUUAGACGCAACUCCGGCAGCAAAAAUCACUUGGAGGUGGUCCGAUCAAGAUCCCCGGAGACAGCUAUAUAGUAUAUUAUCAUCUAAUUCGGGCGCAUUUCUAAGUCGUUAGGUACCAGUAAUGAUAAGUGAGGUUUCGCUAUAUUUUUAGUGCAUUUAGUACAGCUAACGAAGAAAUAAAUAAACAAACUGACCUCUACUAUUUGAAAUGUUAAAUGACUUUAAAGACAUUUAACUCAGAUUAACAGAUCAUGUAAAAGUCAGAAACAACAAACAGAUUGACUAAUUAUUGUCAGCAACGUCAAAUUAUUUUGUUAAAAUAAUUUUUGAACAAAAUGUCGGUUUUCGAUGGUGAAAUUGAGUUUCAAUCAGUGUAUAUGAUAGAUUUUGCUAAGAAAACUAAACCAAAAAGUCCCCGUCGCAAAGCAAUAGACGACGAUUGUCUUAUCGUAGGAGUUAGCCGUGAUUCACUGAAGGCCAGAGACCAACCACGCAAAAGUCCGGAUGUAUUAUGCCCUAUUGACUUUGAAUACUACAAGAAGGCUGUUGAACGGUUCGGUGAAGACCAUCCAAGAGUCACCAAAAGAUACAUGACGAAGGAUGUCGAUCCAACUCCAGUAGACCACGAGAUUCAAGACCUGAAGAGGACUGAGUAUUUAACUAAAUAUUGUUCUAGGGAACUGCCGUUCAUGUCUGUGAAUCUGGCGAGGCGUGCUCGUGCUCUGCAAACUCUGCGACUACCUGACGACAUCUACAUACCAGAUACGAGCCAAAAGGGCUCAUACCGCCCGCCCAAGCCGGAGAAAUACGCGGAGCCGCCCUCCGCCAUGUCUAUGAAACCAAAGUUUGAUGCAUCAUUGACAAAGGAGCUACGACGCAUCCUGCGUGUGCGCACAGGUGAUACAAGUUAUGGCGUGAGUCACGAUCUGUUAGCUAAAGUGGUACUUGAGAAGAAUCCCUUUGGACCACCGCGCGAGGAGCCCAAAUAUGGACGUUGGAAGAACAGAUACUUUUACACUUAUAGAAUUUAAUUGUAUUGCAUUUAUUUUAUGUCAACGUGUGAACGUUUUG